AUGCCGAGUGCUCGACUCUUAGCUCUGGUUUCGAAGCAGAUCCAGGAUCAUGAGUGGAAGUACAUUCCUUGGAAGCUUCGGAUGUCUCAGGAGCUUGCUGAUCAGGCGUCCAUGACCCGCCCUCAUAAGCAGCCUCGUCUUGAGUCCCUCUUGUACGACGAGGUGCCGAGCCGUGAGCUCCCUUCGCAAGGAAUGGGCAAGGCGUUGAUGUCGGAGCUGCUUCAGCUUCAGGCCUUUGCGAUCGCGUUGUGUGGCGGUGCACACCUCCAUACCUUGAAGGAGUUUAAUCGGCGUUUCUUGCGACGGUGUUUCGAAAAGUACCCAGCAGAGUCAAACUUGCGACCACCUUCGGUGGCUGAGGCGCAAUAUGCUGAGCAGCACUUGUGGUCACAAAUCGCUACCUUGUACAAUGAGGAGCGCUGGACCUUGGAUGCGGCAAUUCAUGAAGUGGUGGUGUUGCGAAAUGAGCUGCAUUCUCAGCUCAUGCCUCGCCCUAUGAUGCCCAAGUUGUCAGUGUUUGAUCAGUUCCGGGGGCGGGGCAAGGGCAAAGGCACAAAAGGCAAAGGCGAAGGUAAAGGGGGCAAGGCAGGUAAGGAGGGCAAAGGUGCCAGAUUGCCAACGCCAUCCAUGACGGUGCAGGGCUUGCGUGUCGGCUUGUAUUACAUGGCAGGCCAGCAGCGUCGCAACUUGUGCAAGGAUUUCCAGUUGGGUAAGUGCACGCGUGGUAAGAACUGCAGGUUCGCGCAUGACGCUGACGGCAAGGAUUUUCGUUUUGUGCCGGAGGUCGGUAAGCAGCUGCCGGGCAGGCUAUUGCCCAUCAAUUGCAGUCCAUUGUCAUUUGAUGGUUCGUUGUGGCAUGGAUCAACAGACUGGGUUGGCGAGCGCUGGGUAGUGAUCGCCUACUCUCUUCCGGAGGUUCCCGAGGGUGUUCUUGAGGGCUUAGGUUUCCCGCAGGGGGAUUCGGUUGCUGUCACACCAGCACAGGCGGACUCGUCGCUUCCAAGCCUUGCAGAUGCCAUUCCAUCGGUUUUGCCAGAUGCGACGAUUUUCUUUUUGGACAUCUGUUCUGGAAGGAAUGCUCCCUUGUGUGCGGCCGCUCGCCGGCUGGGGAUCCCUUCGAUUCGCAUUGAUCUGCUGUUGUGUGCCGAACAUGACUUGCUAGAUUUGGCCUUUUACGAGAGGUUGUUGCGCUUGUGUUUUUCUGGCCGCAUCCGCAUGGCUCAUGGAAGUCCUCCAUGCUGUGAGUACAGUCGCUUAAAGUUGCGGCCGGGGGGACCGCCACCUUGUCGUAGCCCCGAAUUUGUGCAGGGGUUACCGGGCAAUGAUGAGGCUGCGCAGCUCCGGGUGCAGCAAAGUGCAACCAUCUUGACUCGUGUGGUCAUCUUGCUUUUGGCAACAUAUCAGGCCGGAGGGCACGUGUCGUUGGAGCAGCCUAGAAACUGCAUGUCUUGGGAGGAACCGGUUGUGCAGGGCUAUCUGUUGGAAGUCUCCGCAGAUGUAGUUGUGGUUGCGGGUUGUGAAUAUGGCAUGGAUCUUGAGAAGCACUGGGUCUUUGCAUCGUCGUGGCGACCAUUGCAGUCCUUGGCAUCUGUAUGCAAGCAUCCACGUGACACCCAUGCCAGUUAUGCCGGCGUUCUUGACUCGCAGUCGGGUGAGUUUGCUUCGCGGAAAACUGCUGAGUUUCCCGCUAAGUUGGCAACAGCUUAUGCGGAGGCAAUUUCACCGUUGUUUGCGGAUCGGACAGAGCCUCCCACUUCGAUAGCUGAGGCGGCGUUGGAUGUUUCCUUUGCUCAGGCAUUUUCUUCAAUCCCUGUUCGGAAGUUGGACUCCUUUCCGCGUGCAGCACAAGACGGUGGUGGCAUUUACUCAGUGCCGGACUGGGCGGCUCCUCCGUCGAACACUCCGGAUGUUUUCCGCAGCCUGCGGGCUGACUUGCUGCAAUUCUUUGCGCAGGAUCGCACUCCUGUCCGCUUGCGCCAAAAUGUGGCAAACAAGGAUCACUCCCCUCUUUUUACGCCGGAUCAGGUUGAGGCCUUGCGGGCCCUGAAAGACCGCGAUGUUCACUUGUGGGAUGCUUUGAAAGAGGGGGUUCCGAUUGGUGUCGAUGGCGAUAUCAAGCCGAGUAAUUGCUUCAUUCCACUCGGGGUGUCGCAUCAAGAUGUUUCAGACGAGGAUUUUAAAGUUUGUUCGGGGCACUGGCCUGGUGCCGAGGAGGAUCCGGAAUUGCUUGAGGAAUUGAUGGAGGCCGAGCUGGCUGCGGGAUAUGUUGAGGAAUUGCCUUCGCUUGAGGCGGCUCGUGCGAGAUGGGCCCGUGUGGCCAUCGGCAAAGCUAACAUUAUAAAGUCUGAGGGCAAAUCUCCCCGGUUGAUCAUUGACCCUUCUGUCUCUGGGACGAACGGAGCUUGCGUUAUCCCGGAGCGCUUCUUGCUUCCAGGUUUGGGGGACGUGCAGCAUGGGUACCCUGUCAGGGGUUGUGCUGAUGAGGUUUCAGCGGUAUCGCUGGAUAUUUCUGCGGCUCAUAAAACAUCCAGACUUAAAGAAAAGGACCGUGGUUUAAUGGGAAUAAAGGUUCGCAACCGUUACUUCUUUUACCGCGUCGCGCCGUUUGGCGCAUCUUGUUCUGCUCACUGGUGGCAGCGCCUUGCUGGGUUUUGGGUACGUGUGGCACAUCGCAUAGUGUACGUGAGCCACUUGCUGGUCAUGUACGUGGACGAUGCUAUGCUUUGGCAAGCGGCAGGGGCCAUUGACAUGUCGGCAGUCUUGCUGUUGUCUUUCUGCCAGGCUUUCGGGUAUCCGAUAUCAUGGCGAAAAUUGCAGUUAGGACCAACCAUUGUUUAUAUCGGUUGGCAGAUUCAUUUUCGGGCUGGGGCAUUUUGCUUGCCGUUGGAGAAGAUCGCUAAACUUUUGAAGGCGAUUGACAAGGUUCUGCUCCCGCCCCACUUUGAUCGUCGUGACUUGGAGUCUUUGAUUGGCCUUCUCCAUUGGGUCUUGCAGAUGGCGCCUGAGCUUCGCCCAUGGCUCUGCUCCUUGUAUCAGGAUAAGGCACGGCCACUGGGCACGAAUUUUUCCUUGACUCAAACCGUUUGGCAACAGCUUCCCACUUACCUUGAUAAGGAUUUGUGUUUUGCGUCGACCCCUCCGGGUACAGCCUUCCGUUGUGGCAGCAAGUUGUUGAGUGUCCGGCACGUGGAUAUACAUUCAAUCGAUGAUCUUAGGUUGGUGCGCAAUACUGGCAAGCGCUUGUGGGCGCGAAUUGCGGACCCGACUACAGGCAAGAGGAAGCUUUCGCAGUUGAGCCGGCAAUUUUUGCACGAGUGGAAGUGUUUUUGCUUGCGACCGCCUAUGAUGCGCUCAUUGCAGCCGCCUACGUUUGUGCCCGCUGUGGAGAUGGCAGCAGACGCGUGUGCCAGCGGGGUUUCCAUAGGCAUAGGUGGUUGGGUGAAGUUCCCGGGACAGGAUUGUUUGUGGUUUUCGGAAAGACUUACAGUGCAGGAUUUCCUUGAUCGCAGUGUGCCGGUGGACUCGGAUGCUAAUCAUGACAUUGUCUCGUAUGAGACCUUGGCUCAGGUGGGGCUUGUGCGUCUGUUUGCAUCGGCAUGUGUUGGGGGCCGUAUGCGUUUGCAGCUUCCGGCGUUUACAGACAAUUCAGGCACUGAGGCAGCUUGCAAUAAGAUGUUCACGACGGUCCAACCCUUGGCACAUUUUGUCCAACGCUUGGCUACAGUCGCAUGGCAGUCUGCCAUCACGCUUGACGCGACACAUGUGAGUGGUUGUCACAAUGAUGAUGCAGAUGUGCUUAGCAGGUGGGAUGGUUGUUCCGUGCUGCCAGAUCGCUUUCAGCUUAGUUACCGUGUGGACUGUUCCAUGCCACUCUUGUGGGAUGGCGCGAAGGAUGUGCGAAUUUUCCCGGAUGGUGCCUUUUUGUUGUGGCAGCCGGAGGGUGCAUGGACCGUGGCUCCCUCGGGGGGGCGUCAUAUGCAGCCGGAUUCUGAAUCCGAGACCAGUGCCGGUGGCUCUGUGGUGCACAGGGAAGAUUUGCGGUUGUUAGAAGAGUCCUUUCAAGAUCAGCUGGCUGCACUUCAGUUGCGUGUGACGACUGUGGAGAGCCUUCUGCGUCCUGACCAAUUGAGCGAGGGUUUUCCAGCUGCUGCUAGUGUUUCGAGUGCUGGAUCAGAGUUUGCGCCAAGCCUGGAGGAUCUUGUGGCCGCUUAUCCGGGAGUCGUCCCGUGUGUGUGGGGCCUUUUGCAAGCUUCAGAUCGCCGGGCCCUGCUCGCAGCUUCUUGGUACUUGCAUACAGGCGUUCGCCGCGAGCAGUCUGACAUUCAUGCGGGCAAUUGGGCACGCGUUUUUGUGUUGUGGGCUAUUGUAGUGGAGUUGCUGCAUCCCUUUUCCGAGGUGUCUGACACCACGGCGUUGCGAUACUUGAAGGUGAUCCAAAGUUUUCUUGAGACUUGUGUGGAGUUGGGAAUAAAUUUGCAGGCUAUGUCAGCUGUGCAGGUCAUUGAUGCGGUUUGUGCACUGCAAUCGGUAUUGCAGCUUGAUUGGUGUGUGCAUUCGCCUCUGUUGCAAUUCUUCGAUGGCCCCAAGGAUCGUCAGCGGAAGGAGGCUUUGCCAUUCCCGCUUCAGUUUGCCGCCUUUUUGGAGGGCGUAUUGCGUAGCGCCUCUAACUCUAACUCUUUAGCUACCCGAGCUUUCGCGGGGGGUGUGUUACUGCUCUUGAUGUCAUCUCUCCGCUUCAGUGAUGCCUCGCACGUGGAGUGGCGGAGUCUGAGCAUGGAUGGCUUUGAUUUGCGUGGUCUGAGCACUCGGACUAAGACUUCUUCUAAUGGCAUGCCUUUUGCAGCUACUGGGCUGGGGUUUUUGGGAUGCCCGGAUACCCCUAUGCAGGCUUGGGUUCCGCAUUACCUUUGGGUGCUUGGGGUUUUGUGGGAUGAGAUGUGCCGGCAGUUUGGGGAAAUGUUUUGCCCGGACACGCUGUUCUUUCUUUGGGAUGCAAAGGAGCCGGCGUUCAUGCCCAUGACGUAUGCCCAGGCUCUGUAUCGCUUGCGUAAGUUGCUGGAUGUGUGUUUUCCAGGCGGCGCGUCCGCUAGCUAUACUCUUCAUUCGGCCAAAGCUACUAUGCUGUCGUGGUGCGUUGAGGCCUUGAUUGCCAAACAUGUUGCACAGGUGCAAGGGCAUCACUCUGGCGACGUCCAGCGUAAAUAUGCUCGGGACGAUACUUUCCUGGCCUUGUUUGCACAGCGCACUGUGAUGCGCAGGCUGUUGGCGGGCUGGUCUCCGUCGGUGCCGAUCGCUCGGGGUGCCCAGCGACCCUUGCCGAACGCUCCAUUGCAGCCAGUGGCUAGUUUGUCGGUGGCGGCUUCGCAUCCUUAUUUCGAGUAUCAUAAUGCCGAUGCUAGUUUGCUUGAGUCGUCCGUUACGAUGCCCCAAAUUCCCUUGGCGGGACCGGUUUGUGGAUCUGACGCUACACCUGUACCAGCAGAGUCUCUUGCAAAGGCUCCAGUUUCGAGGGAUGCGAAAUCUGUCCAGCUCUCGGAUCAGGCGGCCAACGGGGUCGUCGCGGAUGCCGUGCCUGUGGCGCGCGAGAACUCCGAUUUUUCUUCAUCUGAGGAAGAGGAAGUUGCUGAGCCGGAGCUCGGUGACGCGGACGAGGUUGCUUGGGUGCGAUCUGGCAAGGGCGUUUAUCACGCAGCUAUUGGGCAUGCCACGGGGUCUAUGGGUGUGCGAGCAGCAUGUGGCACCUUUUUGCUGGAUCCAACAGUAUCCGUGGAGCCGCCCCCAGAUCCGACUUUCCCGGUGGAUGGUGCAGGUAUGCCUGAUUCUUGGGCAAUACCAGCGUCGGUUGGCCUUGAGGGCUCUGAUCCGCUUGGUGCCGCGUUGACAACCGGGCCGUCUGUAUCGCCAGGACUUGUAGCCGGCAGUGGCGCUAGCAUGCAACAGUUGCUAAGCAAGCAUCAGAUCCCGGCGGCUCUUCACGAGACCCUUUUGGAGUUUUCUUCUGCUGAGUUCGGCCUUGUUGCAACAUCGUUGGAGGAUUUGAAUGGGUUCAUGAACACUUCACUUGAAAUCCCAACCACUCCUUCGCCAGCGCUGACGACAGCUAGGCUUCGCAUGUUGUGGAAGGAGUGUAAUGCUCUGGCUUUGGCGCCUGCGGUGGUGCCGCAGCCGACCCAGGUUGUGAGUGAGGGUGGUUCGGACUCGGGUUGGACCGAGGUUUUCCCUAAGAAGGUUUCUUCCGCCAGGGUUUUCGAGAUGGUGCGUCAGUUUAAGAGUCGUUAUCCUUCUGAAACCUUGUCUUCGGAUACGAUGCCGAGUGCUCGACUCUUAGCUCUGGUUUCGAAGCAGAUCCAGGAUCAUGAGUGGAAGUACAUUCCUUGGAAGCUUCGGAUGUCUCAGGAGCUUGCUGAUCAGGCGUCCAUGACCCGCCCUCAUAAGCAGCCUCGUCUUGAGUCCCUCUUGUACGACGAGGUGCCGAGCCGUGAGCUCCCUUCGCAAGGAAUGGGCAAGGCGUUGAUGUCGGAGCUUCUUCAGCUUCAGGCCUUUGCGAUCGCGUUGUGUGGCGGUGCACACCUCCAUACCUUGAAGGAGUUUAAUCGGCGUUUCUUGCGACGGUGUUUCGAAAAGUACCCAGCAGAGUCAAACUUGCGACCACCUUCGGUGGCUGAGGCGCAAUAUGCUGAGCAGCACUUGUGGUCACAAAUCGCUACCUUGUACAAUGAGGAGCACUGGACCUUGGAUGCGGUAAUUCAUGAAGUGGUGGUGUUGCGAAAUGAGCUGCAUUCUCAGCUCAUGCCUCGCCCUAUGAUGCCCAAGUUGUCAGUGUUUGAUCAGUUCCGGGGGCGGGGCAAGGGCAAAGGCACAAAAGGCAACGGCGAAGGUAAAGGGGGCAAGGCAGGUAAGGAGGGCAAAGGUGCCAGAUUGCCAACGCCAUCCAUGACGGUGCAGGGCUUGCGUGUCGGCUUGUAUUACAUGGCAGGCCAGCAGCGUCGCAACUUGUGCAAGGAUUUCCAGUUGGGUAAGUGCACACGUGGUAAGAACUGCAGGUUCGCGCAUGUGUGUGGGGUUAUGGAUGCCAAUGAUCGUUUGUGCCUGGGUGACCAUGACGCUGACGGCAAGGAUUUUCGUUUUGUGCCGGAGGUCGGUAAGCAGCUGCCGGGCAGGCUAUUGCCCAUCAAUUGCAGUCCAUUGUCAUUUGAUGGUUCGUUGUGGCAUGGAUCAACAGACUGGGUUGGCGAGCGCUGGGUAGUGAUCGUGAUCGCUUACUCUCUUCCGGAGGUUCCCGAGGGUGUUCUUGAGGGCUUAGGUUUCCCGCAGGGGGAUUCGGUUGCUGUCACACCAGCACAGGCGGACUCGUCGCUUCCAAGCCUUGCAGAUGCCAUUCCAUCGGUUUUGCCAGAUGCGACGAUUUUCUUUUUGGACAUCUGUUCUGGAAGGAAUGCUCCCUUGUGUGCGGCCGCUCGCCGGCUGGGGAUCCCUUCGAUUCGCAUUGAUCUGCUGUUGUGUGCCGAACAUGACUUGCUAGAUUUGGCCUUUUACGAGAGGUUGUUGCGCUUGUGUUUUUCUGGCCGCAUCCGCAUGGCUCAUGGAAGUCCUCCAUGCUGUGAGUACAGUCGCUUAAAGUUGCGGCCGGGGGGACCGCCGCCUUGUCGUAGCCCCGAAUUUCUGCAGGGGUUACCGGGCAAUGAUGAGGCUGCGCAGCUCCGGGUUCAGCAAAGUGCAACCAUCUUGACUCGUGUGGUCAUGUUGCUUUUGGCAACAUAUCAGGCCGGAGGGCACGUGUCGUUGGAGCAGCCUAGAAACUGCAUGUCUUGGGAGGAACCGGUUGUGCAGGGCUAUCUGUUGGAAGUCUCCGCAGAUGUAGUUGUGGUUGCGGGUUGUGAAUAUGGCAUGGAUCUUGAGAAGCACUGGGUCUUUGCAUCGUCGUGGCGACCAUUGCAGUCCUUGGCAUCUGUAUGCAAGCAUCCACGUGGCACCCAUGCCAGUUAUGCCGGCGUUCUUGACUCGCAGUCGGGUGAGUUUGCUUCGCGGAAAACUGCUGAGUUUCCCGCUAAGUUGGCAACAGCUUAUGCGGAGGCAAUUUCACCGUUGUUUGCGGAUCGGACAGAGCCUCCCACUUCGAUAGCUGAGGCGGCGUUGGAUGUUUCCUUUGCUCAGGCAUUUUCUUCAAUCCCUGUUCGGAAGUUGGACUCCUUUCCGCGUGCGGCACAAGACGGUGGUGGCAUUUACUCAGUGCCGGACUGGGCGGCUCCUCCGUCGAACAUUCCGGAUGUUUUCCGCAGCCUGCGGGCUGACUUGCUGCAAUUCUUUGCGCAGGAUCGCACUCCUGUCCGCUUGCGCCAAAAUGUGGCAAACAAGGAUCACUCCCCUCUUUUUACGCCGGAUCAGGUUGAGGCCUUGCGGGCGAUUUGGGUUAAAUGGUUUAGGUCCCAAGGGUUUACACAGGAUAUUUCUUGGGAUGUUGCAACCAAUCAGCCAUACAGUCUUGAGGCCUUGCAUUUGCUUGCUCAGGCCCUGAAAGACCGCGAUGUUCACUUGUGGGAUGCUUUGAAAGAGGGGGUUCCGAUUGGUGUCGAUGGCGAUAUCAAGCCGAGUAAUUGCUUCAUUCCACUCGGGGUGUCGCAUCAAGAUGUUUCAGACGAGGAUUUUAAAAUUUGUUCGGGGCACUGGCCUGGUGCCGAGGAGGAUCCGGAAUUGCUUGAGGAAUUGAUGGAGGCCGAGCUGGCUGCGGGAUAUGUUGAGGAAUUGCCUUCGCUUGAGGCGGCUCGUGCGAGAUGGGCCCGUGUGGCCAUCGGCAAAGCUAACAUUAUAAAGUCUGAGGGCAAAUCUCCCCGGUUGAUCAUUGACCCUUCUGUCUCUGGGACGAACGGAGCUUGCGUUAUCCCGGAGCGCUUCUUGCUUCCAGGUUUGGGGGACGUGCAGCAUGGGUACCCUGUCAGGGGUUGUGCUGAUGAGGUUUCAGCGGUAUCGCUGGAUAUUUCUGCGGCUCAUAAAACAUCCAGACUUAAAGAAAAGGACCGUGGUUUAAUGGGAAUAAAGGUUCGCAACCGUUACUUCUUUUACCGCGUCGCGCCGUUUGGCGCAUCUUGUUCUGCUCACUGGUGGCAGCGCCUUGCUGGGUUUUGGGUACGUGUGGCACAUCGCAUAGUGUACGUGAGCCACUUGCUGGUCAUGUACGUGGACGAUGCUAUGCUUUGGCAAGCGGCAGGGGCCAUUGACAUGUCGGCAGUCUUGCUGUUGUCUUUCUGCCAGGCUUUCGGGUAUCCGAUAUCAUGGCGAAAAUUGCAGUUAGGACCAACCAUUGUUUAUAUCGGUUGGCAGAUUCAUUUUCGUGCUGGGGCAUUUUGCUUGCCGUUGGAGAAGAUCGCUAAACUUUUGAAGGCGAUUGACAAGGUUCUGCUCCCGCCCCACUUUGAUCGCCGUGACUUGGAGUCUUUGAUUGGCCUUCUCCAUUGGGUCUUGCAGAUGGCGCCUGAGCUUCGCCCAUGGCUCUGCUCCUUGUAUCAGGAUAAGGCACGGCCACUGGGCACGAAUUUUUCUUUGACUCAAACCGUUUGGCAACAGCUUCCCACUUACCUUGAUAAGGAUUUGUGUUUUGCGUCGACCCCUCCGGGUACAGCCAUCCGUUGUGGCAGCAAGUUGUUGAGCGUCCGGCACGUGGAUAUACAUUCAAUCGAUGAUCUUAGGUUGGUGCGCAAUACUGGCAAGCGCUUGUGGGCGCGAAUUGCGGACCCGACUACAGGCAAGAGGAAGCUUUCGCAGUUGAGCCGGCAAUUUUUGCACGAGUGGAAGUGUUUCUGCUUGCGACCGCCUAUGAUGCGCUCAUUGCAGCCGCCUACGUUUGUGCCCGCUGUGGAGAUGGCAGCAGACGCGUGUGCCAGCGGGGUUUCCAUAGGCAUAGGUGGUUGGGUGAAGUUCCCGGGACAGGAUUGUUUGUGGUUUUCGGAAAGACUUACAGUGCAGGAUUUCCUUGAUCGCAGUGUGCCGGUGGACUCGGAUGCUAAUCAUGACAUUGUCUCGUAUGAGACCUUGGCUCAGGUGGGGCUUGUGCGUCUGUUUGCAUCGGCAUGUGUUGGGGGCCGUAUGCGUUUGCAGCUUCCGGCGUUUACAGACAAUUCAGGCACUGAGGCAGCUUGCAAUAAGAUGUUCACGACGGUCCAACCCUUGGCACAUUUUGUCCAACGCUUGGCUACAGUCGCAUGGCAGUCUGCCAUCACGCUUGACGCGACACAUGUGAGUGGUUGUCACAAUGAUGAUGCAGAUAUGCUUAGCAGGUGGGAUGGUUGCUCCGGGCUGCCAGAUCGCUUUCAGCUUAGUUACCGUGUGGACUGUUCCAUGCCACUCUUGUGGGAUGGCGCGAAGGAUGUGCGAAUUUUCCCGGAUGGUGCCUUUUUGUUGUGGCAGCCGCCGCUGCGGGCGCAAUCUUGA